AUGAGUUGUGCAGUGUUGAGGAACUCUGGUCAUGUGUUUCAACAGAUUCCUGACAUCCAUCCAGCCGUGAGAGAUGUGAUGAUGAAUCAGACGUUCAACAUCAUCAGCCUUCAAUUCCCAGAGUUCGAAACGCUGGACUGGAUUGCAUGGUUCGAAGUAAAGCUGAUUCCCAUCCUCCCCAGUUUUAAUGAAGUCAUGCUCACCAUUGCUACCUCAAACGUCAACUGCACCAACUACCAAGUCAUUGUAAAUGGAAUGGACAGCGCUUUCCCUGAAAUGACUCAGGAGAGAAGAGAAGGAAUCGCAAGCGUCCUGCUGAAAUACCUGAGGAAAUCUGUACACCUCAUCAAUGGACCAGCUUGCAGGCAGGACAUCCACGAUGACAAAGACUGGCUUGCAAUCAACCUGGGUUCAUACUCCGAGUACACAACCUAUUCAGAUCUCAAAGAGUUCCACAUCUCAGGGGUGGCAGUUCUAGACUCCCUCUCACCAAACCAGAAAGCUGAAUUGAUGCUGGACCCAAGCACUGGCGCUCUGGAGAAUGAGACUCUUGUGAAGAACAUUUUCAUCAGCUUGCUGGAAUCUCCAAGGGAAGAGCAGCUCAAUGAGUUCUUUGUGACUUUUGUUGAAGUCACCAAGCAGGAAAACAUCACUAUCAUCACAAACACAGCCGUAAGAGACACAAUGCUGGACCUGACCUUGAUGGCUCUUGCUCCCAAAUUUGACGUUUUUGAGCCAAAAGACUUCCAGCUGUGGUUCCAAGUCAAUCUGGUUGUUCUGCUGGCCAGCUUCCAUCCUGGCAGAUUGGAUGAUAUCCCCCUAAACAUCACCUGUGAAUCCUACAAUGCCAUAUUUACGGGUCUCGACCAAAGUUUGGAAUCUCUUCCGCCUCACCUCUCACAGGGUGUAAAGUCAAGCUUGGAUGCACUGAUGAAGACAUUCCAACGUUGCUCAAGGCCUCCAGCUUUAAUUGUGUGCAAAGAAACAUUGGUCAAUGAGAAACAACUUUGUGCUGGAUUUAACAGCACACAACUGAAGCAACAAAUGUCGAUUGGCAAUUCCUAUGAAUCCCUUUGCAAUUUCAACAUCUCUGAAUAUGCCUGUUCCUCAACAACUCUUCCGUCAGCGGACAACUUGGUGACGAUCCUGAAAUGCCAAUUGUCGAGCAAAAAGACUUACUCAACAGAAAUGUGGAAGCUGUUCUUCCAAAACAAUGCUGCUGUUCUGGACCAGGCUCUUCUGAAUUACUCCAGCAUGAACCCCAACAUCAGCAGUCCAGCUAUGCCACAGGUCCUUGAUGCCAUUGGAGAUGUCAAAAUCAACAACUUCAUUAAUGCACAGCUGAACGACGCCAGUUUCGUGGACAAGUUGUUCCAGAAGAUGCUCCGUCCAUUCUUGGCAUCUGCAUCUAGGAAUUUCCUCUCCUGUCUCAGCUCAAAGAACUUCAGUUGUCAGACCUACCAAAUUGUCAUUGAUGCUCUAAGCAGCCAAUCAGCCUCCAUGGACAGAGAGCAACAACAAGUGAUCUUCACUCAUUACAUCUAUCCAUUCCUUUCAAGAAAUGACUCAUCAGAUCCCGGCUGUGUCUCAAACACCAGUGGAAGCAUGGACUGGCUCCAGAGGAACGUUGGCAUCUUUUCUGUUUUUGCAGAACUGCAGGAGUUACAAGUCCUCAAUCCUGACUUCUCCAGCAUGGAAUCACUGUCGCUGCUUACCCCAACCCAAUUGGCACAGUUGACAUUGACCUCUGGGGCAUUGAAUGACACAGAUGACAUUAAACUUGUGUUUAAGUGGCUGGAGGAAGGAGACGCUUUCAAAAAUGUUGACGAGUUUCUGACGCAACUGACCGCAAAGGAAGAGAUUCCUGACAUCCAUCCAGCCGUGAGAGAUGUGAUGAUGAAUCAGACGUUCAACAUCAUCAGCCUUCAAUUCCCAGAGUUCGAAACGCUGGACUGGAUUGCAUGGUUCGAAGUAAAGCUGAUUCCCAUCCUCCCCAGUUUUAAUGAAGUCAUGCUCACCAUUGCUACCUCAAACGUCAACUGCACCAACUACCAAGUCAUUGUAAAUGGAAUGGACAGCGCUUUCCCUGAAAUGACUCAGGAGAGAAGAGAAGGAAUCGUAAGCGUCCUGCUGAAAUACCUGAGGAAAUCUGUACACCUCAUCAAUGGACCAGCUUGCAGGCAGGACAUCCACGAUGACAAAGACUGGCUUGCAAUCAACCUGGGUUCAUACUCCGAGUACACAACCUAUUCGGAUCUCAAAGACUUCAACAUCUCAGGGGUGGCAGUUCUAGACUCCCUCUCACCAAACCAGAAAUCCGAGCUGAUACUGGACCCCACGAACCUGGCAAAUGAAUCUCUUGUACAAGAGGUUUUCUUAGGGAUUCUGGGAUCUUCAGAUGUGGCGGAGAUUGGUCAAUUUUUCCAAUCAUUUGUGGAGGUUGCUUCAAAGAGAAACCUGACAGCUAUUGAGCCAGGACUGCGAGACACCCUCUUAAACCUGACACUGACGGCACUCGCUCCCAAAUUGCAGACACUAGAUACUCUGGGAUUCAAGCUUUGGUUCCAGGUCUAUCUCCCGUUAUUCCUCCCAAGCAUUCAUCCUGGGACCUUUUCCGUCAUCCCAAGGAAUAUCAGCUGUGACUCCUAUAGUGCAAUCAUCAAGGGGUGUGAUAAUGUGAUCACUAGGUUGUCGCUGAUCCAGUCCCAGCAAGUCUUCAUGUUCACCAAGGAUUAUUUGACAGGCCAAUCCAUUGAAGGAUUCUCCUGUGUGAAGACUGUGAGAGAUGACAGGGAUUGGCUUGGAAGCAACUUUGGACAAUUCCGGGUCUAUGCUUCCUAUGUGGACUUUGUGACCCUGAAGAGUGAUUUCAAUGGAGUGAAAGCAGCAGAUCUCCUCACUCCUAUCCAGCUGGCUCAGCUCGCAACGAUUCCCUCCCAACUUGAAGGGGCACAGGGUGUCAACAAGAUCAUGGCAGCCAUCAGUCCGGCUAACUUUGGAUUGUUCUUUGACAUACUCUCACCUGCCAUCCAGAAACACAUGAAGAACUACACAGAAGAGGUGAAAUCAGCGUUCCUCCAGGUGGUGUUGGACAGCGGGAACCUGUCCUCCACUGCCAUCAACGACACACAGUUCCUCGUUUGGCUCAGGGUUCGGCUGAACCCCCUCUUGCUGAACCUCUCAUCCAAACAAGUGACACCACUCUUCCGCAUCAUGAAGGAUAGGGGCUGCAACAGCAGCCAAGAAGCAAUCUCAUUAUUAGACACUCUGCGGUCUACACUGACUAAAGACACACAGAGGGAAAUCUACAGCAAUACCUUACUCCUCCUGAAAGAGCCAACGCCACUGCGAUGCUAUGUAAACGGAAGCUUCUACUCAUUUUUGAGAAGCACGUUCCUUGGCUUUGGAUUCCCCGACCUGUCAAUGCUUUUCACGCUCAUGCCAGACACACGCCAACCUGAGCUUCUGAAUUCCAUAACCUCCUCUGAGCUGAGUCAGUUCCUCAGUCAACCUGACGUGGUUGGCAACGGUUCCAACAUAUGUGCUGUCUUCAACAACUACGCCAAGACGCCUGUCUUCCUGGAAACGGAGGAUGUCCCUGAUGCUGUGAAGCAGCUGACCCUUCCCUGCGUCUGGUCUUUAGCUCUGAACAGCGGCAAUAGGUCAGAGGUGAAUGCCUGGUUUGACCUCAGACUGAAGAACUACUUGAGGUUCCUUACCAGGAGCCUUGUCAGCUCAUCUAAGGUGCAAAACACCAGCUGUCUCGCAUUCCAGAAACUAGUCUCAGUCCUUGGAAGCGAUUUCAGCUACAACAGCUCUGACUUUGCACAGAGUGAUGUGUACAUCACCAUUAAGUCUUACCUUGGCACAGGUGGACCGAGGUGCUACAGCGCAAACGACCCAGAGCUGAACUCUACCGCCUGGUUUGUGAACUACAUUGGUGUUUUUGUGACCUACCUCUCUCUGGAGGACCUCAACACCUUUGUUACCGCGAGUCAGAUCAAUGUAUUCUUGGAGAACCAGGCCAAUAUCAAGCUCUUCAACAACACGGCUAUACCUGCUAAUGUCACUUCCUACUACAUCACACAGCUAUACACACUGAACCCCACGUUCAACCCUCUGCAACUGCCUGGCUUCUUCCUGUGUGAGGUCCCAAGUACGGCCUAUAUCUCCCUGGGCCAGACAGCCAGUAUGGAAAUCCUGGACCGUCUGAAGCUAUUCUGCAAUGGAACCAAAGACCCUCAGGUAUCUGCUGCACUGGUGGCUAAUUUCCAAACUAUCACGGGGAACACCCUAGCAACCAUUGGGAACAGCAGCAGUGGCCUGACGACCACCCAGAUAUCCUCCAUCUCUUCCUCAGUACUUGUGUCGUCCCUGGCAACACUCGGCUCUGUGAGCGGCUGGAACCUGGGCCAGGCUAGUGCAGUCAUCCAGAGCAUCAUUACCGGAGGCUUCCAGAUCGACACUGCCUCCUCGUUGAUGUCGUUGGGCACACUCAUUGGGGGCAUUCCGUCAGCGGCGAUAGCGAGCAUCCCAGCCACUGAGCUGUUGACAGCAUCCCAGAGCUCUGUGUUUGUCACCAACAUGCUGGCUGCCCCACAGAUUAUACAGGAAACCUAUGUCAACAAGAUUAUCACCAUCAACCAAAGCCCCAACGCGUUGGUUGUGAACGUACCUGAUGCCAUGGCCACACUGAUCCCCAGGGCUCUCCUGACCUUCUCUCAGGAACCUGUUGACGUACAGGUUAUUAACAGAAAGACAUGGAAGCAAGAGCAGGCUGUUUUAUUCUUCGGGAACGUAGCAAGCAACGCAAGCAUCGACUCGGAGGAGCUCUCUCCAUCCGUGUUGCAAGGGUUCACAUGUACAUCAGCACAGUCCAUGACAGUCAAAACGGUGCACAGACUGGUUCAUGCCUGCAGACCGAGGAUCACUAGGGAGAAAGUGGUGCUGAAAGAAACACAGUUGACCUGCAUGUACAAUUUACUGAAAGACGACCUCGACCAGAAUUUUACAGACUAUCCCUCAGACAUGCUACUAUAUUACAACUAUGCAAAGGUUGAAAAAAGCAAUUGCAGGUCCUACUUCAACGCGGCAGGUUCUGCAGACUUCUCUGUCCUCUCCAGCGUGCUGAACAAGGAUGACAUGCUGCUGGACAAUGCAAAACGCUGCUUGGGAAUUAGUGAAGUGAGUCUUAGCAAAGACCACGUGGAGGUGCUGGGAAACAUGGUGUGCACUAUGGACGGCUCCUACAUCCAAAACUCUGACCCCUUCAUUCUGGAGAAACUGAAGAACUGCAAGGACUUCACCGAAGCUCAAGUCACUGCCAUGGAAACGCUCCUACUUUCAGGGACAACACAGUAUGGAAAAACGACUACAUGGAAUCAACAAACUUUGGAAGACCUUGAAACCCUGCCACUGUAUCUGACCCAAAACUUCUGGAGCCUGUUCACAACAGAGGUGAAAGGGAAGUUCCUCAAGUCCUUUAUGCCCCAGCUGAGGAAGCAGGAAACAGAGAAGAUGAAGCUGAAGACAUUGUUCAAGCAGAUCAACUCAGUCAGCAGAUCCAAGCGAGGAGCAGGAUGCAUCACAGGCAACAUCACCGAGUCAGUCAUCGCAGACACCUCGUUCCCCUUUGGCUAUGACAUGACCCAGUUUGACCUCUGUCUGGACACCAGCGUUCUGAAAGACAAUCUGGCCGCUGUCACUAAACAAGUUGACGAUAACAACUUCCAGAAGAUCGUUUUAGUCAAACUAAACCAGGCUUAUCCAUCUGGAAUUGUUGACGAGCAGCUUAAGGUGCUGGGCUCUGUGUCGCGUGUGGCCACUCUGGAUGACAUCACAAAGUGGAGCAUCACCAAAAUCGACACACUGUCAGCACUGAUGGUCUUUGGUGAUGGUCCAUGGGAAACAGCGAAGAGUAAGGCAAUCAUCACAACAUACUUGAACACGUCAGGUAACUCCUUGGGGAGCUCUGAGUUAAAUGCCAUUGGUGCUAAUCUGUGUUCUCUGGACGUGAGCGUACUGAAGACCAUCACGCCAAGCAGUCUGAAAAAUGCCAAUUCCCUGGAUGUGACCUCUUGCUCCACUGAACAGAAGAGGGCUGUAUACAACAUCAGCAAGAGUUCUUUUAGCUCACAGCGUAUCUCUAAUCCAACAUAUUACCAACUCAUCAGCCCCUACCUAGGUGGUGCUCCCAUUGAAGACAUAAGGAGCCUUGCAGCUCAGAAUGUGAACAUGGACAUAACCACAUUCAAAGGUCUUGAGAGCACUGUAAUUCCUAGUCUGACCGUGAGCGAGGUGAAAGGACUUCUGGGUGCUAACGUGGAUGAUCUGAAGACAUUUGAGAAUGACACGGUUGUCCAUGCGUGGUUAAUCGCGCAGCCUCAAUCUGAUCUGGACAUGUUGCGGCUGGGUCUGACUGGAGGUAAAGAAGCUUCCACUGUGGUGGUCCCCCUCAACACCACCAACACCACCACCACGCCAGCACACAACGCUGUCACAGCCAAGCCAGUACCAGUCACCACAACUCAGAAUGGUGUAGGUGAUGGAGGAGCACAUCUUGGGAAAGACCUGGGAGCCCUCUCUCUCUGUCUGGCACUGGUCACCGUCAUCCUGCAGAUGAUGUGAGACGAGAUGAUGAGACCAGAGUGUGGACCAAGCAUCUUCUAAAAUGAACAGCAACAACCUGUUUUUAUUUUUGAAUUGUUGAAUCGUCUUGUACUUAUAACCAAGUUUACAAAUAUUUUAUUUAGCCAAUCACGUUUUAAUCAUUUAUUGUUUUUGUCAUUCUUGUUUAGCAUCACUCUUGUAUGUAAUUAUCACAAGUAUAUGUCUAUAUAUGAGUUCUUAUUGGAACAUUCCGUAAGAUUGCACAUUUACAUGUUUACAUAUUUAAAUUAUCUGUCAAGGAAUGUAAAAUUCAUGAAGUAUGUAUACCUGUCCUUGUACUUAACCCACAAAUAUGACCUAUGUAAAGUUAGGGCUCUAUUCAAUCAGUAUCGCUGCCCAAUAGAAAUAUAAAGGUAGAUUCCGAUUGAGCUAAAAUAUGCCGUGUUUACCGCGAAUGCAGUCUCUGCUAACGUGGGAACAUUGACUUUAAAUUUGAAUCACGCUGUAUUGCUGAACUUUCCGUGAUACGUAUUAAAUAG